AUGGUUAAUCUUCUAAUCAUAGAUAUCAGUGAAAAUCAAUUGUCUGGCACGUCCUUGCAUACCCUUGGGGCCUUUCAUGUUGGAGGAAAUAGUUUAGAAGGAAGUAUACCAUCUGAAUUUUGUGGUCUUCAAAUGCUUUAUUCCUUGGAUCUCUCUCACAAUAAUUUAUCCGGUUUAUUUCCAUCUUGCUUCAACUUGACUAGCUUGUUGUAUUUGAAUGUAAAGGAUAAUAACCUCACAGGCCCCAUUCCAAGUGCUUUAUCUGGCAACAGUUUGGAAAUACUAGACAUGGGAAACAACCAUUUUGUUGGUGAUAUACCUAAUUGGAUAGGCACCUUCAAAAAUGUAAUGAUAUUCUCUUUGAAAGGAAACCAUUUUAAAGGACCAAUCCCAAAACAAAUAUGCUACUUAAAAAAUCUUCGCAUAUUAGACUUUUCACAAAACAAUUUAUCAGGAGAUGUUCCUGCAUGCAUUCAUAAUAUGGGCCGUGAUUUGGCAUCUUACGUCACCUUGCGAGAUAUUCAAUCUUCCAACUCUGGGCUGAUUAUUCCCAAUAUUGUGAAUCACAUCUCUGAUAUGCCUUAUGAUGAGCAAAUAUACUCCUUUCCUAUUCAAUAUAUCGAUUUUGCAACAAAAGAGAGAUCAUAUAGUUACAAAGGUGAUAUUAUCAACUACUUAUCUGGGCUAGAUUUGUCUAGCAACAAAUUGGUUGGUUGGAUCCCAAUGGAGAUCGGCAACAUGACAUGGCUUCAAGUAUUAAAUUUGUCCAACAACAUGUUGUAUGGCCCAAUACCUAAUACAUUGUCAAAGCUGACACAGAUUGAAAGUUUAGAUCUCUCACACAACAUGUUGGAAGGGAGCAUUCCUUCACAACUAGCAGAGUUGUAUUUCAUUGAAUCUUUCUCAGUGGCAUAUAACAACCUCUCUGGCCCAACACUUGGAAUGGUUGGACAAUUUAGCACAUUUGAUGAGAAAAGCUACGAGGGGAAUCCUUAUCUUUGUGGCCCUCCUUUGGUGAAGAGUUGCAAUAAUAUAUCAUCACCACAACAAAAUCAAGUUAAAGAUGAUCACAGAAAUGAAGAAACAAUGGAGCGCCUUAUAACCAUAGCAAUUUUUGCUUUGGGUUUCAUUAUGGGCUUCUGGGGAUGGGUGGCUCUACUACUUUUUAAGAGAAGUUGGCGGUAUUCUUUCUUUCUAACAGUGGAUGGGUACAUGGAGGAUAUCGUUGAUAUGGUUUGA